AUGGCCCAUCCUUAUCCUUGCCAGCCAGGACAGGAAAGCCCAGGACAGGAAGCCCUGGGACAGGAAGCCCAAAGCCACGAAAGGGGGAACAUUCCCCCUUCACAUUUCCAAAGUGCCACCACCUUGGCGGCCACCUCCCUUUUGAGCUUGGCCUUGGAGCCCGCUCACAGCCCUCCUCAACAGCUUGUUAUCUCCCCACAGCGCCAACGAACAAUGGCAGCUGGCGCAACGACAAAAGGCGCAAUGGCAUUGGCGGCUCAGAGCCCCAAUGCGCAGAACGGGACAGGAGAGCAGGGAGCAGACGCGCAGAAUGGAACAGGCGCGCAGAACCAUGACCAGCAGCGGCAGGAUGCACAGCCGCAGAGCAAUGAGCAGCAGCCGGGCGCGGAAGGCGUCAAUGAGCAAGCCAGGACAGGAAAGCCCAGGACAGGAAGCCCUGGGACAGGAAGCCCAAGACAACGAAAGGGGGAACAUUCCCCCUUCUCAUUUCCAAAGUGCCACCACUUUGGCGGCCACCUCUCUUUGAGCCUAUCCUCAGAGCUGACAACCAGCUCCCCUCCCCAGCUUGUCAUCUCCCCGCAGCGCCAACGGACAAUGGCAGCUGGCACAACGCCAGAAGGCGCAAUGGCAUUGGCGGCUCAGGGCCCCAAUGCGCAGAAUGGGACUGGAGAGCAGGGAGCAGACGCGCAGAACGGAGCAGGCGCGCAGAACCACGACCAGCAGCGGCAGAAUGAGCAGUCGCAGGGCAAUGAGCAGCAGCAGGGCGCGGAAGGCGCGAACGAGCAAG